ACGGAGCUGAAAUGGAUGGAAGCUCAGCGAGGGGGUAUUUCACUUUGUGAUUUCGAUGCACUGAGUGAUUGAGGCUUUCGGUACUGGAGCACUCUAGUCUCAAUGUGGUGGGCAAGGCGGCUUCAAUCGAAAGCACCGGUGGCUACCAUGGUCGCAUAUCUUACCGUUUUGGUAGCCACCGGCGCCGUCCUUCAUCAAGCACCAUAUCCGAAGCUCGGUCUCCAAUUCAUUUCAAACGUUACUGCUCAUUUCGGUAAUCAGUCGUUUGGGUAUCCCAACAAUCCCGAUCUUACGAUUUCUACGUACAACAAGGCAGGUGUUUUGUUGGUGUCUUUGAUCUCCAAAGGAUUAUACUUCCUACCAAAAGCAUGCUUGUUCAGGCAGCGAUUGGGUUGAACACUACCAGUGUGGAGGAUCCUCAGAGUGGGGCUGUGUGGCCGAUGUCUGCGACUAAGCAGAAUUCUACCCAAGAUGAGACCUGGAGGGGUAUCAAGGGAGCUAUGCCUUUGGUCCAGUGCACAACGGUCGACGAAAUGGCAUUCAACAUCAGUCUGAACCUGGAUAUGGGGGGGCACGUUCCAGUCCUAAACGUGAGUCUUAAUACUUCCAAUAUGCAGGUUGAUCAAUUAGUACGGUUCAUGAACACGCCCAUCAUAAUCAUGCACAGGAACGGAAGUGCUGAUGUGAAUACUACCUACGACGAUAGUGGCAAUUUCAAUUUGCUAUUUUUGGUUGCCGGCAAAGUCCCUGGCAACUUUGGCAGCAACAUAACGCGUUAUAUGCAGACCUUGACGUCGACCGACAAUGGAACACUGGGAUGGGCCUAUGUGAUGAAAUGUACUUCAACAAUGGACGAGGUCGUUGGAGAUUGUCAACUUGUCCAGAGAAACUUACAAAACUGUACGUUGAGGUCUAACGAAACCUCCAGGACAGCAGGUCAUCCUACGGACCAAGUGGGCUUGCUAGGAAUGAUGAGUCAGUAUUUGGUAAACGGAAUUGCAUGGAUUAUGGGAGAUACUAUCCUCCGGAGCGACGGCUCAAACGAUGUCGACUAUCGCAGUUUUCCUCUGUCGUGGCCCGUGGAUGAGCACACUCGGGUUCUCAACUCAACGGCUUUUGAGUCCAAACUCACAAUCGCUGCGUAUGGUGCAGCUCGCACGCUCUUGAGCUCUUUUUACGGCAAUCGUCCUUAUCUCGAAGCCACUGGUUACAAACCUGUCGCUGGAAUAGCCGUCAAGUGGUGGGGUGUCUAUUCCUCAUGGCAAUGCUUGUGUGCCUUUUCGUCGCUUUCGUACUUUUCACAUACGCGCUCCGAUCACUGCCGACCGGAAUACGUGCGAAUUCACCGAUCCUUCUCCUUUCUGCCGCGAUGGAGGACUCUUUUCUGCGCGAGAAGUUCUACGGUUACCAUUCGAGGGGGCACACACGAGACCAUCUAUAUCACCAGAUGAAGGAUUGCUGGGUGAAGUGCGAGGAGCAGGGAGGAGGUCAGGGUGGACAGUUGCCCCGGAUCCGGGUUGAGCAGAAAGCGGCCGGCAUGUGAGAUGAAGGUUGAGUGCUGGUCACGGAAUAUAUAGCUACAAUGGACUCCUUCAACCCAC